ACAAAGUAUUACUUUCAUUUUAUUUCAAAUCAAAUCAGACUGUAUCACAAAUUUUGUUCGACUUCUCGUAGAAGUAAACAGUUCCACUUUCUAAUACUUCUUAAAUAGCUGAAUAGCUAAAUAGCCUCCAAAUUUUCGUGCAAAAAUGUGGGAAUAUCGCCAGGACUUGGACCUCCAGACGCGGCUGAAGAUUAAGCCAUUCUGUAAUGAAUGGCAAUCGGCGUGCUGGUUCCUGCUGAAGGGCUUGGAGAUCUACAACUCUGUGCUGGGGUGCUACCCCUACCUUAUUUUGGGCGCGUUGGUCAGCUUCAUGUUCCUGGUGCUGAAGCGAAGGCGGAAACAGGAGGCAACCUUCCCAGGGCCUUCUCUAGCGGCAGAAGGGGAAGAUCAACCAGAGGAAAAUCGCGAAUGGAAAUUGCAAAAGCAUUUCUUAUAUGAAGAUCAGUCAGACAAUGUAUCAGAGGAAACUCCAAUACCGAUGGUUAAGGAACCCGUCUUGAGCCAUCAAAUAGAAUCUGAAAUCCGUCAAGUCUUCCAAGAGUCAUUCCCUGCUGCUCAUGGGGAAAAUCGACCGAUGGUUAAGGAACCCGUCUUGAGCCAUCAAAUAGAAUCUGAAAUCCGUCAAGUCUUCCAAGAGUCAUUCCCUGCUGCUCUUGGGGAAAAUCGACCUAGUGCGAUUCCUUCGUUUGAUCAAGAUCCGUCCAACGUUUUGCAAUAUAGACUGCCAAAUAAGGCGAUAGAAGACUGUAUCGAAUCGAAAAGUUCCCCCCAAGUAUCAAAGAAGUCUACUUUGACGCAGCAGAUGACCGAAAAUAAAACCAAAUUGCUCGCAGGGAAGCCACCGAAGUUUCAAACUGUCGCUAAACCCAAGCCUAGGCCAACGGUUCAGUGGAAACUUUAAGUUACUACAAGAUUUUAGGUUUAACAAAAUUUUAAGUUAUUGUUUAAUAUACAUUUGUCAGUAGUAUCUUUUAAUUUCAAUAAGAUUUGUAAUCACA